AUGAUCACAAGAAAAAAAGGAGAUAUUAGAACAGCUAUAGAAGAAAGACCCAUGAAACUUAAUGUGCUUCAAAUAAUCAUUCUAUUUGACAGAAUGUUUUGCACCCUACCCAUAAAGAAUAUUGGGGGUAUCGAAUUAAAAAAAUCGGAAAAGGUUAUACUGUUUCCAACAAUUUUCUUUGGAACUAAUCUCACUGUAUUACCAACUACGAAGUUCAAGGAUUUGAGGAAAGGUACACAAGAAGAAUCAUAUGUUAAAGAAUUUAUCAGUCAUAUAUCAGAUAUGAUAUUAUCGUUUACAGCUUAUAACAUGUACUGUAAAGGAAAUAGUUGGCUUGAGACAGUAUUUGAAAGAGAGAUGAGGGGACGUUGUGUUGUGUUGUGUGUUGUUCGUGUUGUUGUUUAG